AUGAAAAGGGCUUCUCAUAGCGAAACUCUCAUAAAGGAAGCAACAAAAGACACCCGAUGGGGACCGACCACCGCGGAGUUGAACCAGCUGUCUCGGCUUUCAAAUCACCCGGGCGACUUGGGCUCGAUCACCAAGGAGCUGUCUCGCAAACUGCGUUCCAAAAGCCCCAUCCAGAUUCACAAAGCGCUAUCAAUUGUGCUGUACAUGUUACAGACUUCGUCAUUGGAGUUUGUUUCUUGGCUGACAUUGAAUCAAUAUUCGAUCAGGACUCUUAAAGAAUAUCAGAUAGAUACUCGCCGAAAACACGUUGGAGACGCUCAACUUGCUUUCAACAUUCGCAACAAGGCAUCUGAAAUCCUCAGGUUAUUGGAAAAUCGAGAACUUUUGAAACAAAAACGUCAAGAUUUUAUCACUUUCAGAGAAGAGAUGAAGUUGCCGACUCCUCGAUCUUCAUUGGAUAUGCCCAGCCGGACUUCAUUCACAGGUGAACGCAAUUGCAAAUCAUUGGAGAUAAAUAGGGCAGAGCUUUUUCGUGACUUGGAUGUCUAUUCGUCCUCAUCAGACGAAGAACGAGAACGUAGAGGCAGCAUGCUUAGCAACAUCCUGGAGCUAGAAGAAGAGGUGAAUCACUUUGAACCCAGAUCGAUGCGGAUUUGA